AAUUCCUCUAUUCGAAAUUUGAAAUUCCCAAUUCCGAAUAUUAUUUAAAUUAAAAAUGAGUUUUACUUAUACGCACCGUUUCAUCGCGCUCGCAUAUUCCUUCCUUCUCGCCUUCAGUUUCCAAUCCACUGCCUCAAACGACAUCGUUUUGCGAACCUGCGAGAUCUCCGCCGCGAGCGAUCCGAACGUCCGCCUCGACUUCUGUCUCCGAUCACUCGCCGCUGAUCCCGCGAGCGACACGGCAGACCUUUACGAACUCGGCGCGAUCUCGAUCGAGUUGAUCGGAAGGAACGCAACCAGUACGCGGCGGUACAUCGAUCGGUUACUAAAGAAGAAGAAGAAACUGUCGCCGGAUUCGUACGUGAGGCCGCGGCUGAGCGAUUGUAAAGAACUCUAUUCUGACGCUGUCGAGACGGUGGGCGAUUCGUCGGCGGAGUACGCGCGGAAGCGCUAUGAAGAGGUGAAUGUGAAGUUGAGUUCGGUUAUGGAUGCGGUAACGACUUGUGAGGACGGAUUCAAGGAAAUGGAAGGCGGAAUUUCGCCAUUGACGAAGAGGAAUGGCGAUGUGUUCGAGUUAACCGCCAUUGCGCUCUGUAUUCUCAACAUGCAUCCUUGAGGAAUGAGGAGCAGUGGAGGUUCGUCGUUGUUUGGGAAGUAGUUGUAUAGUACAAAUGAAUUUAAAAUUUUGAAUGGAUUUAUUAUAAAUUUGGUAUCUAUGAUUUUGAAGAAAAAAAAAUUAGAAUUUAGUCUGGUGAGGCUUUAUUGUCCAUAAACAAGCUAAAUUCUAGAUUAAAAUAUUGUUUUUUAAUCAAAUUAUAAGAUCAACAAUUUGAUCUUAUAAUUUUAUCCAUUUGAAUGUUUUAGAUUAAUUAUAAAAGCAUGUUUGGCUUACUAGGUUUGUGUAAU